CUCUCAGCCCGAGGUACACCCGACAAGUUGAGACCCACACCAUCCAAUGUAAACCAUCUCAAACCUCAAAACACCAAGUCCUCAAGAACCGACAUGUCGACAAUAUAACAAGAGUUAUCUCCAACAUGGACUCCCCAAUUGUGGCCCAAAUCUUCCGCCAACUCUUCCACCAUCGACCUCCAGGGUGUAAAGGUGUCAGAAACCUCGCCGGUCUUCGCAAUGGCCUUCGAACCACUAUCGUCAGUCAUCAGAGCCGCUUCUACGUUGCGGGACGGCCCUCCAGUGAUCGCGGAAUGAAGAAAAACGAGAGUCGAUGGCAGCAGCGCACGAAUAUUCUCCCCCAAGACCGAUCUGCCGAGUUUGCAGAGUACCCCUACAUAUCGAUUGACGAGCUCAAGCAACGAACCGAACGACCACGAAAGGUCAAGAUGCUGCUGAGAGACUUUAUUGACGGCAUGACACUCGAGUAUCCCUCUAGGAAUAGUAGAAUAACGUAGCUCUAGACAGUCUUUACAAUCCAUCAUAUGGAUACUUCUCCAAACAAGCCGUCAUCUUCAGCCCCGGCGAGCCAUUCGACUUCAAUUCAAUGCGCGAUGAAAUUGAGUUCCAGGCCGAGCUAGGUCGUCGCUACACCGAAUUCGAGGAUAUUCUCGAUGAGCGAGAAGGAGAGAACCCAACACGCCAGCUAUGGCAUACGCCUACUGAGCUCUUUCGCCCAUACUACGGCGAAGCCAUCGCCCGCUACCUCGUCACGAAUUAUCGUCUCACCACAUAUCCCUACCACGAUCUUCUGAUCUACGAAAUGGGCGCUGGUCGUGGAACACUCAUGCUCAAUAUCCUGGACUACAUCCGAGAAGUCGAUCCUCAAGUGUACGCCCGCACAAAGUUCAACAUCAUCGAGAUUUCCUCCACACUUGCUGCGCUGCAAAACAGACAUCUUCUCUCCACGGCUGCGUCUCGAGGCCACGCGGAUAAGGUCGAGAUUAUCAACCGUUCCAUCUUCGACUGGGACCAAUACGUGCCGUCGCCUUGUUUCUUUCUUGCCAUGGAGGUCUUCGAUAACUUCUCUCACGAUGGUAUUCGCUACGACGUUGCUACCGAGCAGCCCCUGCAAGGCCACGUGCUGAUCGAUGGUGACGGUGACUUUUACGAAUUCUACGCUCAUGAGUUGGAUCCUCUUGCUGCGCGAUACUUCCGUGUCAGACACGCUGCUACAGGGGGAAACUAUCCUAAACCGUACCCCAGCAACGCCGUUUUACGAUAUCUAUCCACCAAGAUGCCUUUUGCUGCCAAUCUUUCGGAUCCAGAAUUUAUCCCCACACGGCUGAUGCAGUUCUUCGACGUUCUUGAGAAGUACUUCCCAGGUCAUCGACUUGUGACUUCUGACUUUGACUGGUUACCUCAAGCUGUCAAGGGUAUGAAUGCACCUGUUGUCCAGACACGGUACCACAGAAAGAUGGUGCCCGUCACAACCCCCUUGGUUCAUCAAGGAUACUUCGAUAUUCUGUUCCCAACAGAUUUUCGCGUCACAGAGGCUAUCUACCGCGCUAUCACGGGCAAGUUGACUCGUGUUAUGUCGCAUGGUGAUUUCAUGCGCAAGUGGGCAUACGUUGAGGAUACCGAAACCCGAAGCGGAGAGAAUCCCUUGAUAUCAAACUAUCGCAACGCCAGCGUUCUUGUAACUGUAUAAAAUUAGCCCUGUAACAAAAGCCAAAGCAAAAGGCCAUGUAGAUAUACAUCCGGGUUGGGAAAAGAUACAGCAUAUACCCUCUCAUCAAACCAAUAUGCCAUCAAUGGUGUUCUUUAUUCAUCGUACUCUCUUAUGGCAAUGGUAAAUGGCCAUGCCUAUUUAAACGCUCUAUAUCCUUUCUUUUGUCUGACCAGAUCCCCGACAUUACUCCCAGGUGAAUGAACAAUCAUGAAUUCCCAUUGAGCAGAGUAGAAACACAGUUAUUUGUUCUUCAAAUUUUACAGCUUCAGCUUUUCGUUGAGCCACUUUGUCGCAGUCUCAACACCUUCGUCAAUGUUCUCAGGCUUAGUGCCCUGGCCUUGUCGUACAGGCU